GUUCAAGUCAAUCGCACGUGUUUGGUGAAGAGCGACCGCCCAGGUCCAGCAGGGGGCUGGAUCAGAUCCGCUUUCCUGGCUGCCAGCAGCGGCAGAGGCGGACACUUGGCGGACGGGGCACCUGUGCGUUUGCGUGCGGUCAGGGUGUUUGCACGGCCAAAGCUGCACUAAAUGGAGCGCUUGGUUUUAGCUGUCAGCCCUCUGCGCCUGUCCUGCAUUUAAAGCCCCGGCGAUGCGCUGUCCGGCGUCCGUGGAUGUGUGAUACGGCAAUCCGGCUGUCAUUAUCUCUCUCGCCGGCGGCUCGUUGUUGUAGAAAAUCUGUUUUUUGAAACUGCAGGGAACAACAUGGACUAAUCGCCUUUUUCCUCGUUCACGAUGGGACUAUAUAAACUUUCCCUUGUGUUUUGUACAUUUUUUGUCGUUUCAGUUUUAGGCUUCGGCGUGGAUCCUGCUUUGCGCAUCAAUGUUUUCGAUGAAUUAAAUCUUGGAGAGGGGUUCCCUGGAGUUUCUCAAGUCCAGGGUUUCCACAACGAGAGCCGAGCUUUUCUCUUCCAAGACUCACGGCGAAGUGUGAGCUCUUCGCCCGAUGCCUCCCGCCGCAUGUGGCAGAAGCUGCAUGGCAGCACCGAGUUCACGCUGCUGGUGACCCUGCGGCAGGACCGUGCUAGCUCAGGAGUCAUUCUGUCCAUCCGAAAUGCCGAACACAGGUUCCUGGAGCUGGAAAGCAGUGGACAGCGAAGCGAGGUCCGCCUGCACUAUCGGUCCCAGAGCCAUCAGCCUCGCACCGAGAUCUUCCCCUACGCUCUGGCAGAUGGCCAGUGGCACAAACUGUCAGUGGCUCUGAGCGCCUCUCACCUCCAGCUGCAUGUGGACUGCAACAGGGUGUAUGAGAGAGUGUUGGAGCCCCCAGGCAUGGAUUUACCAGAGGAGGCUACACUCUGGCUUGGACAGAGGGGCAGUGGCCACGCCCUGUUUAAGGGGAUAAUGCAGGACGUCCAACUGCUUGUGAUCCCUCAGGGGUACAUUUCACAGUGCCCUGACUUGAACCGCACCUGCCCCACUUGCAACGACUUCCAUGGACUUGUACAGAAGAUAAUGGAGCUGCAGGACAUUUUGGCCAAAACGUCCAGCAAGCUGGCUCUAGCUGAAGACAAGAUGACCGACCUGGACCGGUGCUACUGCGAGCGAACCUGCGACGUAAAAGGCGUGGUCUACAGGGAGGGCGAGGCCUGGGCGGACGGCUGCAGAAACUGUUCCUGCAUGAACGGCACAGUUAAAUGUGAGAUCAUUACCUGCCCCCCUGUCCAGUGCCCCCCAGAUGCCACCCCCAUUUAUGUGAACGGCUCGUGCUGCCAGGAAUGCCAGCUGGUGUGCCUGUUCGGUGGAAGAGUGUACGUAGAAGGGGACAGGAAGGCCAUGCAUCACCCCUCUGGAACAUGUACUCUGUUCGAAUGCCAGGAUAGGGCGAUGCGUCGAGUGGAGCCCCCUGGCUGCCCGGAGCUGAAUUGCUUGGAAUCAGAGCAGAUCACCCUGACAGACCGAUGCUGCAGAGUCUGCAGAGGGCACGACUUCUGCGCCGAGGGUCACGGCUGCAUGGAGAACUCGGACUGCAUCAACCUGGAGGCGGCGGCCUGCUGCAGGUGCCGGGACGGCUUUCGGCCACUGCGCGCCGACGAGGCUUACUGUGAGGAUGUGGAUGAGUGUGCAGAGGGCAAGCACUACUGUCGUGAGAACACAGUGUGCGUCAACACAGCCGGCUCCUUUCUGUGUGUCUGCCUCGCCGGCUACGUCCGGAUCGACGACUACUCCUGCACAGAGCAUGAUGAGUGCCAGAGUGGGAGCCACAGCUGCGAUGAGAAUGCGCUGUGCUUCAACACCGUCGGGGGGCACAGCUGCUCCUGUAAACCAGGAUACACUGGCAAUGGCACAAUUUGCAAAGCCCUUUGUGACGGCCGAUGUGAAAACGGGGGUACCUGCGUCUCCUCGAAUACCUGCGUCUGCCAGCAGGGUUUCACAGGGAAGAGGUGUGAGACAGACAUAGACGAGUGCUCCGACGGGUUCGUGGAGUGUGACAGCCGGGCCACUUGUGUCAACCUGCCAGGAUGGUACCACUGCGAGUGCCGUGAUGGUUACCAUGACAACGGAAUGUUUUCACCUAAUGGAGACUCCUGUCAAGACAUAGAUGAGUGCCGGACGGGGAGGAAUACCUGCGCCAACGACACCGUCUGCUUCAACCUGGAGGGGGGGUAUGACUGCAGGUGCCCCCACGGGAAGAACUGCACCGGGGACUGUAUCCAUGAGAACAAGGUCAAACACAACGGACAGAUCUGGGUGCUGGACAGUGACAGGUGCUCCGUCUGCUCCUGUCAGAGCGGGCUGGUCCUGUGCCGGCGAAUGGUGUGCGACUGCGACAACCCCACGGUGGACCUGUACUGCUGUCCGGAGUGUGACCCACGUCUCAGCAGCCAGUGUCUGCACCAGAGUGGUCUGAGGGCUUACAGCAGCGGGGACACCUGGUUGGAGGGCUGCCAGAAGUGCCAGUGCUUGCGGGGAGAGGUGGAUUGCUGGCCACUGCCCUGCCCACUGGCUGACUGCGAGUUCACAGUGGUGCCCGAGGGCGAGUGCUGCCCACGGUGCGCCGCUGAUCCUUGCCAGGCCGACGUCAUCCGCAAUGACCUCACCAAGACGUGCACCGACGAGCUGGGCAUAGCUCGCUUCAGCGGGGCAUCCUGGACCAAGCACGGCACUGAGUGCACGCUCUGCCACUGCAAGAAUGGACACAUCUGUUGCUCAGUGGACCCCCUGUGUCUUUAGCUGCUGCGAUUGGCCUGAGAGGCUUUUGUACAGUCUUCUUUCCAUAAGAACUACACUUCCCAGAAACCCCUUUAUACCAAAAAACAGUGUUAUGGCGCACCAAACAGACGAUGGACCCUCGACCCUCUCCCCGCAGUAUUCCUCAACACGCGUGCCGACCUGUUGUGAGGAGACGAUCUACAUCGACGACAGGACUUUGUAAAAAGUACCCGUACUGGCAUGAGCCUUCUAGUUGUUGAAAACUGAUUGAUUUUUUUUUAUCCAUUUUCAAUGCAGAAUAAGUGUCUGGGAAUCCCCUUAAGUAAUGAUUUUGGAUGUUUUAUUUAUGACUUCAUGAACGUCGUGUAUGUUCAGUUGUUUGGUAACACUGUUUUGUGUUUAAUUUAUCCUGUAACUUGCUCCUGUGACGUGGUGAAGUAAACAUGUUUGUUUACAGUUCCGUCUGCAUUCGCUCCCGUUUUUGCCCGUAUUAUGAUCAAUAAUUAAAAGACUUUCCCCAGGAUAAUAAAAAUAUUCUGAUUCUGAUUCAAUAUGAUAUGCACCAUUAAAAAUAUUCACAUGUAAAAUGUCAAACGGCCCAUGGUUCAAGUUGUAAAAAAAUCACUACAGCUGAUGCAAAUCCCACAGAGUUACCGAUAUAGUGAUAGGAGAAGCUCAGACACAACAGCGCGGUCAUGGGUUCCAAAGGCUUGUUUCUUCCACUGCUAUGGGGUGUAGAGUUUUCCAGCCUAGUCAUAGUAGAGUAUAGAGCACUCAGCUGUCCAGACGACUCAAACUUGCUCCCUUUUCCAGAAAAUACUGGCCCCGUGACUCUGUUAGACCCCAUCAAAGAACCAGGUAGCCAUGAGGUCGUGGAUGUCGUGUGAAGACAAAUCAUGCAUCCACAGAGGGGAAAUGCAACACCAAGCUUUCGUCCCUGCGAUGUCUUCUCCAAGGAACUACCACUAAUCUGCGGAAGUGCAUAAAGUGCAUAUCGUAAACGUGCCGUCCUAAGGCAGUCAUUAUAUACUUUCCUAUCUGACAGAUAAAUCGUUUCUCCUAUAGCAAGGUUCUGUUUAAAAAGAUUGUAUUAUAAUUUAAUGUACUUUUACAAGGAAUAAUAAUCUUCUUCAGUAGAACCUGGUCAGUGAACUGCUACUGGUCCUUCAUUGGUAUUACUCCAGGUUGCACUGGGGGUAGAGUUACCACCCAACCUGUAUAUUCCAAGAUCGUCCCGCAUUUUACAGAUGUGUGCACUUUUUGUGUGACUAUGAAGCGGUGCAGCAGACAUAAGAAUGUUAGGAAUCCCUAAUCUAGAGGAACCUUUAUCCCAAGGUAAAUGUUCUAAUAGACCUAGGAGAAAAUGGCACGAACGAACUGUCUCUCUAUAACAUACAGAUCAUCCCUGCCCAACUCCAUCAGCCUUGGGUAAAAUUCCUUUCAUUCGGUGACUUAACGGAGCCAUUGUCUUUAACUCGGUCUAUCGGACAAAUUUAAACAGACUGUCUCAGACAACACUAAUUCACUCAUUGUUUUAUUUCUGUGAGGUUAUUUACUAGAGCACAAAAAUGUCACACAUGCCCACCAGUUUAGAGUCUCUAUUUUCCAUUGCUUCUGAAUGCAAAUUAUAAUUAAUAGCUGUAGAGAAAAUGGAGAUAUAAUUACUGUGUCUAUUUUCUUUUAAAGAAUGUGACAUUGACUGUUCAGUUAGUUCUUUUGAAUGCAGCCAUACAUUUGCUAAUUAACAGUAUUUUUUCUGUUUAUGUUAAUCAAGAUUUGCUCAAGAAAUUUGAAUUUGGCUAUUAUUUACAGGGUUUAUUUAUUUGAGUGGUUUUGUUAUGUAGCCUGAUUCCAGCCUGUCACCUUAACAACGGUUGCUUAGCGACUGCACCGAUGGUGUAGUGGGUGCUGUAGAUCAUGAGAGUUUACUAUGACAAUCGAAGUCACAAGGUUAGGUAUGGUUUCCUUGGUUGCUUUGGCCCAGAUUGAGAUUCUUGUGGGUACAGGUUUGAAGUUGCUCUUGUUUGGAUACCAAUGGGAAAACUGAACAGGAGAGACAGCUUCAGAACCUUCGAGAAUAGAGGCGGAACUCGUUAACUAGCCACACCCGGACCGGAACACCAUAGACUCUUCCUUUUUCACUGCAACCCUUAUAACAUUACUUAUUCAGAUCUAACUCUUUAUGAUAUAACAGUCACAGUCUUUCUCUUUGAAUCCAUUUCCUUAAGGAACUGAAUCUGCUGUAACAGAGUUGGGCUUUCAUUGGUGCUACUCAGCUAAACUGACAACAGCAGAAGAAGCGACAUAAUAGUUGUAAAAUACUGGUUAUAUGUUGUGCAAAUGUAAACAAUCUACCAAAUACGAUCUCAACAGGAAUGGCUCAUUGGGAUCUUCACUGCAGUGUUCACUGCGAUGUUCACGGGGAUGUUCAUUGGGAUGUUCACUGGGAUGUUCAUGGGGAUGUUCAUUGGGAUGUUCACUGGGAUGUUCAUGGGGAUGUUCAUUGGGAUGUUCAUUGGGAUGUUCAUUGUGAUGUUCACUGGGAUGUUCAUUGUGAUGUUCACUGCGAUGUUCAUUGGGAUGUUCAUUGAGAUGUUCAUUGGGAUAUGCAUGGGGAUGUUCACUGGCAUGGCCAUCUGGAUGUUCAGCAAGAUGUUCACUGCAAUGUAAUUGGGAUGUUCAUCGAGAUGUUCAUUGUGAUGUUCAUUGGGAGCUGCCUAUUGAGAUGUUCACUGAGAUGUUCAUUGUGAUGUUCAUUGGGAGCUGCUUAUUGAGAUGUUCACUGAGAUGUUCAUUGUGAUGUUCAUUGGGAGCUGCCUAUUGAGAUGUUCACUGAGAUGUUUAUUGGGAGCUGCUUAUUGAGAUGUUCAUUGAGAUGUUCAUUGUGAUGUUCUUCGAGUUUGAGUAUGAUCCCGAAAUAAAAUUGUUUGACCUGA